GCAGACUUUCCUGUACAUUGUAUGUGUUUGGAGUUUGACCGACUGCAAAACAGCGGACAGGAGGAAGAUUUUACGAAAGCGAAAGGGAAGAAUGACGUGGGACACCGAGUAAAAAAGAAACUGAUAUAUUUCUCGAAGUAUUUUCACUUGGAGGAUUUAGAAAUAAAUCGGUACGUACGUGGUAAAGCCAUGGAACCAUCACUGACUGGCAACUCAUCCACCCCAAAACCAAGCCCAUUAUCUCCCACCACCCUCAGGGCGGGCCCCUCCUCAUCCAGCUCAUCCACUAUCACAACCACACCAACCUCAGACCGACCUAAACCUAAACUCAGCAUGCCAACACCUCCAGCCACACCCUCAUCCUCUCCCUCCACUGCCCCCCCUCGGACUUCUCCAGGUCUUUCUUCCCGCUCUUCCUCCCUGUCCACGCCACCUGCCUCACCUCUCCGCCAGCCCACCAGGAGCCUAUCUCACGUAGGCAGAUCUCAGCUCAAUGCAGCCGCUACAGGGAAUCCCCUAACUGGAUCCUUAGCUGCUGCUACAGCUCCUCAGCCACCUCCCACACCUGAACCAGAGGAGCCAGAGGAGGAGGUCACUUUUGAAGAUCUGGAGGUGAGAGCGAAGUCAGGAGAUGCUAAAGCACAGACCAAGAUGGGGCGUUACUUCCUGGCAUUAGCAGAAGAAAGGGAUGAGGAGCUGAACAACUGCACAGCGGUCACUUGGCUGGUCCAGGCUGCUAAACAAGGCCGCAAGGAUGCCGUCAAACUGCUGCAGCAGUGCUUGGCCUCCAGGAAAGGCAUCACUUUGGAGAACUUUGAGGAGGUGAAGAAGUUGUGUACAGAGACUCGUUUCGAGAGAGGAGUUAGGAAAGCGGCUCUGCUUAUGUACUGGAAGUUGAAUCCAGAGAGGAAGAAGUCGCUGGCUGUUUCGGAGAUGCUAGAGAACGUUGAGCACGUCCACGCAGAGCCAGGGAAACCAGUCUCGCCUGGUCCACUAAACAGCUCUGCCAAGAAACAGAGGAGAGUCCUGGAGACAAUGGUCACCAGUGAGGCCAGUUCCCUUGUCGGUCUUGACGAUUUCGUCGAGAUGACUAAGAAGUACGCUCAGGGUAUUGCACCGUCACCAGUUAUGGCUGCUGCAGGAGGCGAUGAUGAAGAUGACGAUGAUGGCGUAGUAGUGAAGAAUCCAGAUGAGUUGCCGCUGCACCAAAAGCUGCUGAAGUUCCCUCUGUACGCUCUGCUGGAGAUCAAGGAGCACCUCAUCGACUGGGCGUCGCGGGCUGGCAUGCAGUGGCUCAGCGCCCUGAUCCCCACCCACCACGUCAAUGCACUCAUCUUCUUCUUUAUCAUCUCCAACCUCACCAUCGAGUUCUUCAUCUUCCUCAUCCCCCUGCUGGUUUUCUACCUCUCAUUCUUCUCCAUGGUCAUCUGCACACUGCGGGUAUUUCAGAAUUCAAAAGCAUGGGAAAACUUUCGGGCUCUGACAGACCUGCUGGCUCACUUUGAACCUGGUCUUGAUAUGGAGCAGGCUGAGACCAACUUUGGAUGGACACACUUAGAGCCUUAUCUGUACUUCCUGCUCUCGGUGGUCUUUGUGGUUUUCUCCUUCCCUGUUGCUGAUAAAUCCUGGAUCCCUUGCUCAGAGUUUGCUGCCAUCGCUCUCUUCUUCACCAUCACUGCCUUCCUCAGCCUUCAUGCCUCUGCUCAGCUCUUUGCUCGUAAAGCCCUCCUCACAGAGGUUCUCUCUGGCGCCUGCUCCCUCACUUACCUCCUGCCAGACUCCUUCCGGUUCCUCAAGGUCUUUGGGGCGACGUUCAUCACUGUGCCUCUAGGGGACGUUGUGGCGUUAAACCUGGGGAUGCCGUGUCUGCUAUAUGGACACCUUUUCUAUCUCCUCUUCCGUAUGGCCCAGCUGAGAGGCUUCAAGGGCACCUACCUGUGCCUGGUCCCCUACCUGGUCUGCUUUACCUGGUGUGAGCUCUGCUUGGUGUUCCUCAAUAAUGCCAGUGCAAUAGGACUCAUCCGCACCUGUGUGGGCUACUUCCUUUUCCUGUUCGCCCUUCCUAUACUCUCACUGGGCCUGGCCGCAAUGCUCCUCAUCCAGUUACUGCAGUGGUUCCUUGCCCUGGAGGUGACCAAGAUGGUUGUCACACUGACCGUUUGCUUCGUGCCAGUUGUGUUGAGGCUUUGGACUCGCUUCAGCCUCAACCCCAUUGCCGUUUUUCGGUCUUUGUCACGGAGCAGCAUCGUCAAGCUCAUCCUGGUGUGGCUCAGUGCGGUGGUGCUCUUCUGCUGGAUGUACGUGUACAGGUCUGAAGGCAUGAAGGUGUAUAACUCCACCCUGACGUGGCCUGAGUACAGCAACCUCUGCGGUCCUCUGUCCUGGAAAGAGUCCAACAUGGCCCAAACUCAGAUUCUAUGCUCUCAUCUCGAAGGACAUCGUGUCACCUGGACCGGACGCUUCAAAUACGUCCGAGUGACCGACAUUGAGAAUGGGCCACAGUCAGUUGUUAACCUGCUGCCUGUGUUUGUGGGGAACUGGAUGCGGUGCCUGUACGGUGAGCCGUAUCCUUUGUGUGAGGAGGUUAGAAACGCCACAGCUGUGCCCCAGCCUCUGCCUGCCCCGGCUCCCCCUCCCGAAGACCCCCUCUGUAAACUUAAAAGACUGGCCAAGCACGAAUGCCACGUCAAACGCUUUGAUCGAUACAAAUUCGAAGUCACGAUGGGCAUGCCGCUGGAGAGGAAGACCAAGAACGGGACGAUCAUAGAGGAUGAAGACGCAACUAAAGACAUAGUUCUGCGUGCUAGCAAUGAGUUCAAGUCUAUGCUCCUACACUUAAACACAGGAAGCCUGGUGGAGUUUAGCACCAUACUGGAGGGGCGUUUAGGCUCCAAAUGGCCCGUGUUUGAACUGAAAGCCAUUCACUGUAUGUCAUGCGGUGGUGCUAGAGUGCCGGGCCGUAGGCAAUAUAAGAUCGAACAUGACUGGAGGCGCACGGCUCAGAAUGCCCUGCAGUUUGGUUUUGACUUCUUCUUUAACCCCUUCCUGACCGCUCAGCUAGAACAACACUCAGACACAGAGACUGAAACGGAGAAUGUGACACAGGAGGAGGGAUAGAGGGAAAGAGAUCUGCCAGACGCAUCUCUGGGAGAAAUGUAGAACUGAUGCUAAGAAGUGUGAUAAAAUGCGUGUAAUGAUAAUACUAUCCUCAGCGGAAGAACAUUAAUGAUUGUAUGUCUCUGUUCUUAACAGAAUCUAAAUAUUUUGUUGGAGAGUUUCUUACUGUAGUGGAGUGGACAGACACUUAAAUAUUUAUGGAAUCUGUACUGAGUGAGUUUGUGUUUGCAUUCUUCUAGGGUUUGAGCCAAAAUGUGUGAGAGUACAUAAUAUAAUGACUAUGAAAUUUACAAAGGGGGAGAAACACAAACUAAUGAGCUUUUUAAUAAGUAAAAAAACCAUGAUCAAACUGCCUCAGCUGGAGUCACUAAACAUUUCAUCCCAUCUAAGCUGCAAUUGUGGUCACCACAAGAGUCUGUUAAUUAAGUAAUUUUGGUUUAGUUGGUUUGCCAUACAAAAAGUGUGUCCGCUGCACCCAAUUUCAUGUGUGUUGGUCAAUAUUGUGACACACUAUGUGGCCAAAAUCAUCAGUAUUGACAUUUUACACUUUCCUUGUUAUACUGUGCUCUCAUUUCCUUUUUGUGUCUACAAAUGAUAGAAGACAUUUUUCUUUUGGUCAUCCUUGUGAUAAGGUUUUCCUUUCAUGUCAAACCAUAAUCAUCUAAAGUUAUACACUACUAUACAUGUCAAGUAUGUAAUUUUGAAGUGGUUUUCAAGUGCCUUAUAAGACAUAUUGUCAGUUAAAUAGUAAUUUUGGAGAGAACAGACUAAAUCAUGUCUUUAAUCCUUUACCUUUUAAAAAGUUCACCUGCCUCUGUGCUUGUAUUUAUUACAGAGCUGUUAUUCAUGUGUACCUCAGCUGUUCUCUCUGUUCUUGUGUGUCUUGCUGUUUCUCCUCUUCUUUCUCCUUCCUUGUUUUGUCUCCAUCUCUGCUGUGCAGAGAUUUAAUAUAUUGAACAUUUGCAGCCCCUGAGUGAUGAUGUGUUUUUAAAAUAGGAUGUCACUACUGUUUUCUGUAC